AGAGAGGAGAGACGUCCAUACGUGCUUUAUCUUAGUGGCAGUGACGUGAUAUUGCAGCUCCAGUGCCGAGAGAGAGAGAGUGAGUGAGAGAGAGAGAGAGAGAGAGAGAGUGAGAGAGAGACUCCCAUCUCCCUCCACACUCGGUGCUCGAGCUCUGCUGCUGCCCUGCUUCACCAUCUCUACAGGGAAGAGGAGCGAGGAGAGAGGAGCGAGGAGAGCGCACCCACGACUGGAAGACAUACCUUCACAUUCUCUCUCUCUCCCACGUUCCUGAUCCUUUUUUUUCGCGCUUUCUGCUCCCUCUCUCUUCCUCUUUGUCCCCCUCUCUGUGUCGGAGCUGAGGAAAAAGGGAGAGAGAAGGGGAGGAAGGAGGAGAAAUGAUCCACAGCGGAGCGCAGCGCCUUUCGCCUCGCUGACUGACUGACUGACUGACUGACUGGCUGCCCGGCUGACUGACUGGCUGACCGUCCUGCUGCUGCUGCGCGUCUUGUUGCUCUGCUUCCUUCUCCGCAUCGCGCCUCCUCUGCGAUGGGAAGCACUGAUCCGCACGCCAGCAGCCUCUUCGCACCUGGGCUUUUCUAGAAAGGAUGUGCUCGUCAAGCAUGUGGGAGAAAUAGCCAUAGCGUCCGGGAGUGUAAGGCCAAAUGACAUAGGAUGAAGGCUAUUCGUAAUCUGUUGAUUUAUAUAUUUUCCACCUAUCUCCUGGUUAUGUUUGGAUAUACCGGUGCCCAAGAUUUCUGGUGUUCCACGCUGGUCAAGGGAGUUAUUUAUGGAUCUUACUCUGUGAAUGAGAUGUUUCCCAAGAACUUCACAAACUGCACUUGGACGUUGGAGAACCCAGACCCGACCAAAUACAGCAUCUACCUGAAACUGUACAAGCGCGACCUAAGCUGCUCCCAGUUCUCGCUCUUGGUUUACCAGUUCGAUCACUUCUCCCACGAGAAGAUCAACGAGCUGCUCAAGAACAACGAGUCCAUCGUGUACCUGUGCGAGGCCCCCAACGUCUACGUGUUCCUGCACUACGACAAAAACUUCGUCCAGCUCCGACGGGUGUUCCCCUACGACGACAACGGAUUGGUCGCCAAGAAGGCCGCCGAGGAGGAGGAGAAGUCUGUGGUGGAGUUUGUGGUCCUGAACAAGGCGAGCCCGAGUCAGUUCGGAUGUCAGGUGCUAUGUACGUGGCUGGAGAACUGCCUGAAGGGAGAGAAAGGGACGGUGGAAUCGUGUGGAGUUGUGUACUCGAAAUGCACUUGCCCGCAGCACUUGGGCGACGGGGAAUCGGAGAGCGUGUUAAUGCUCAACAAUGUGGUGUUGCCUUUAAACCCCCAAACGGAAGGGUGCCUGACGCCGCAGCUGCGCGCCGCGCACGCGUGCAACCUGAGCGCCGAGGUCAAGCGGCCAUCCAAGGAGGAAUUUGGAAUGAUCGGAGAGCAUACUGUAAAAAGCCAACGGCCAAGAUCAGUUCAUGACACAAAGGGCCAACAGGAGCGAGAUGAGUCUGCUAAAUUUAUGGCACAAACUGGUGACCCAGGUGCUGAGGAGUGGUCCCAGUGGAGCUCUUGCUCAGUUACAUGCGGUCAAGGGUCGCAGGUGCGAACAAGAACAUGUGUCUCACCUUACGGAACACACUGCAGCGGCCCUUUAAGAGAAUCAAGGGUUUGCAAUAACACUGCCCCCUGUCCAGUGCACGGUGUGUGGGAGGAGUGGUCUCCUUGGAGUUUGUGCUCCUUUACCUGUGGCCGCGGUCACCGCACCCGCACCCGGGUGUGCACCCCCCCACAGCACGGCGGCAGAGCCUGCGACGGCCCGGAGACGCAGAGCAAACUGUGCAACAUCGCCCUCUGCCCAGUGGACGGUCAGUGGCAGGAGUGGAGUGCGUGGAGUGACUGCUCGGUGACCUGCGCUAACGGGACGCAGCAGAGGAAGCGUCAGUGCUCGGCCGCGGCUCACGGAGGCUCAGAGUGUCGCGGUCACUGGGCCGAGAGCCGCGAGUGCCAUAACCCUGAGUGUACAGCAAACGGUCAGUGGAACCCGUGGGGGCCGUGGAGCGGCUGCUCGAAGUCGUGCGACGGCGGCUGGCAGCGGCGGGUGCGGGUGUGCCAGGGCCUGGCCGUCACCGGGCAGCAGUGCGAAGGCAACGGCGAGGAGGUCCGCAAGUGCAGCGAGCAGCGUUGCCCAGCUCCAUAUGAGAUUUGUCCUGAGGACUAUGCAGUUUCCAUGCUGUGGAGGAGAACGCCUUCUGGAGAACUGGCCUUCAAUAGGUGCCCACCCAAUGCCACAGGCACCACUAGUCGACGCUGCUCGCUGGAUCACCGCGGGGUAGCCUACUGGGAGCAGCCCAGCUAUGCCCGAUGCAUCGCAAAUGAAUACAGAUACUUACAGCAAUCAGUCCAGGGACACCUUGCUAAGGGUCAGAGGAAUCUGGCAGGAGACGGAAUGUCCCAGGUAACCAAAGUGCUGCUGGACCUCACCCAGAGACGCAACUUCUACGCCGGCGACCUGCUGUCCUCUGUGGAGAUCUUACGGAACGUCACGGACACCUUUAAAAGGGCCAGCUAUGAGCCGUCCUCCGACGACGUGCAGAACUUCUUCCAGAUCAUCAGUAAUCUGCUGGAGGAGGAGAACCGAGAGAAAUGGGAGGACGCCCAGCAGAUCUACCCAGGCUCAGUGGAGCUGAUGCAGGUUAUUGAGGAGUUCAUCCACAUAGUCGGCCUGGGCAUGAAGGAUUUCCACAACGCCUACCUGAUGACCGGAAACUUGGUGGCCAGCAUCCAGAGGCUCCCUGCAGUGUCCGUGAUGACCGAUAUUAACUUCCCCAUGAAGGGACGGAAGGGCAUGGUGGACUGGGCCAGAAACUCUGAGGACAAAGUGGUCGUACCUAAAGGCAUUUUCCUCCCCCAGACUGCAGAUAUGGACGGGUCCCCGGUGUUCAUUCUCGGGACGGUCCUCUACAAGACACUGGGACUUAUGCUGCCCGCCCCAAGGAACAACACAGCUGUGAACUCCAAAGUGAUUGCAGUGACGGUGAGACCAGAGCCCAGAGUGACUGAAGCCCAGCUGGAGAUAGAGCUGGCUCACCUCGCCAAUGGGACGAUGAACCCAUUUUGCGUGCUGUGGGACAGCUCCAUCAUGAACGAUUCCUGGGGAACCUGGUCCUCCAAAGGAUGCAAAACCGUGCUCACCGAUGCAUCCCACACAAAAUGCUUAUGUGAUCGCGUGUCUACCUUCGCCAUUUUGGCUCAACAGCCUAGAGAAAUAACCAUGGAGUACUCAGGGGUUCCAUCUGUGACGCUGAUCGUGGGCUGCGGCCUGUCUUGCCUGGCCUUGAUCACCCUGGCAGUGGUGUAUGCUAUACUAUGGAGGUACAUAAGGUCAGAGAGAUCGAUCAUUCUGAUCAACUUCUGCCUCUCCAUCAUCUGCUCCAACAUCCUGAUCCUGGUGGGACAGACACAGACCCAUAAUACGGGCGUUUGCACGAUGACGACGGCUUUUCUGCACUUUUUCUUCCUGGCUUCGUUCUGCUGGGUCCUGACCGAGGCUUGGCAGUCCUACAUGGCCGUGACGGGGAAGGUGCGGACCCGGCUCAUCCGCAAACGCUUCCUCUGUCUGGGAUGGGGAUUGCCUGCCUUGGUGGUCGCCAUCUCUAUGGGCUUCACGAAAGCUAAAGGCUACGGGACGCCCCAAUACUGUUGGCUGUCUCUGGAGGGAGGACUGCUAUAUGCCUUCGUUGGACCUGCUGCUGCAGUCGUGCUCGUUAACAUGGUGAUUGGCAUUCUGGUGUUCAAUAAGCUGGUUUCCAGGGACGGCAUCCUGGACAAGAAGCUGAAGCACCGAGCCGGGCAGAUGAGCGAGCCGCACACGGGAUUAACUUUAAAAUGUGCCAAAUGUGGAGUUGUCUCUACAACCGCUUUAUCAGCAACCACAGCCAGCAACGCCAUGGCCUCCCUCUGGAGUUCCUGCGUGGUUCUGCCGCUCCUGGCGCUCACAUGGAUGUCCGCUGUUCUGGCCAUGACGGACAAGCGCUCCAUCCUGUUCCAGAUCCUAUUUGCCGUCUUCGAUUCCCUUCAAGGCUUCGUCAUAGUCAUGGUGCACUGUAUUCUCCGCAGAGAGGUCCAAGAUGCCUUCAGAUGUCGACUGCGAAACUGUCAAGACCCCAUCAGUGCUGAUGCAACUGGCACCUUCCCCAACGGCCAUGCCCAGAUUAUGACGGACUUUGAAAAAGACGUGGACAUCGCCUGUCGAUCAGCCCUUCACAAAGACAUUGGAUCCUGUCGUGCCGCCACCAUCACCGGAACGCUAUCCCGCAUCUCCCUCAACGACGACGAGGAGGAGAAAGGUCCAGAGGGCCUCAACUACUCCACGUUGCCUGGCAACAUCAUCUCCAAGGUGAUCAUCCAGCAGCCCUCGGGCCUGCACAUGCCCAAGGAGCUAAGCGAGCAGUGCCUGGGUGACGCCACCAGCGACAUGCGCCGCACCGUCUACCUGUGUACGGACGACACCAUGCGGCAGAGCGAACAGGAGCUGACCGGCCACUCGCAGCAGGGCCCCAUGGAGACGGACUACAUUGUCAUGCCUCGCGCCUCGGCCGCCGUGGCAUCGGGGAUCGGAGGCUCCGGCAGCGUGCCCACUCUGCUGAAGGACGACAGCAAGAUGAACAUCACCAUGGACACCCUGCCUCACGAAAGGCUGAUGCACUACAAAGUCAGCCCCGAGUUCAACAUCAGCCCGUCGGGGAUGGAGCACAUGGGCAUGGGCAUGGGCCUGGAGCAGCAGUUCCAAGGCGGAGCUCCAGAACACAUGCAGAACCUGCCAUUCGAACCCCGCACAGCCGUUAAAAACUUCCUGGCCGAGAUGGAGGAGAGUGGAGGACUGUCCCGCAGCGAGACCGGCUCCACUACUUCCAUGAGCUCUUUAGAGAGGAGAAAGUCCCGGUACCAGGACCUCGACUUUGAGAAAGUCAUGCACACCAGGAAAAGACACAUGGAGCUGUUCCAGGAACUGAAUCAGAAAUUUCAAACCCUGGACCGAUUUCGAGACAUACCAAAUAUGGGCAGCAUGGAUAAGGCAAUGCCCAACAAGAACCCCUGGGAGAGCUACAAUCCGGCCUGUGAGUACCAGAACUACGCCACAAUGAAUGUACUGGAGUCAGACACUAAGGACUCUCUGGAGAUGACUCCUGCUGAGUGGGAAAAGUGUGUCAACCUCCCGUUAGACGUCCAGGAGGGAGACUUCCAGACGGAGGUCUAAAUCGGAGUCGGCGCGAGAAAGGGAGGAGGAGCGCUAACCGGGAUGCAAACGAAGGAGGACGUAUUUUGCACUGAACAAAAAAUAAAGUGGAAAUCUUUUCAUGCAGCCUUGGCAAGACAUAUCUGGAUCCUAGGAGUAUGGCAGGGACGUUAUGUGCCAAUAAGAUUUAAAAAAACAAAAAACAAACAAAAAAAACAAAAAAAACAAGACAGAAGGAGGAGAACGUGACUAAAAAAGACAAAAAAACAUCAGUGUUUCUUUUUUUUUUUGUAUUCUCACUAGUGUACUUAGUGGGGGCCAGCCAGGUGUACAAUAUAACCAUCAUGUGUUUCAAACGUAUCCGUUCGGAGAGAAAUUGGGUUUGCAAAGGUAUAUCUAUCAAGACCACACCUCAAAAGUAGAAGACGAAACUGCGGCGCUACGCUACGUCGACCCACAAGCUUCGUUGGGCUCAGUUUUUUUAGUUCAGUGGUGACUGAGUCCAGGAGCACAAUGUACAUACUUAUGCAGGUUUUUAAAAAGUUUAUAACAAGUCAGUUUGGCCAUUACUACACUUUUUACUUUAUAAUAUGAUGAAAAAAAUAUAUUGAGAGAGGCGAAGAGGAUUUUUUCUGUCAUUUAAAAAAAAAAAUGAAUGUUUGUCAAGCUACAUUCUUCAUUGCUUUAAAUGCAAUAAAGGUAAUACUCACUUUUAUAUGAAUAAUAUAUUUCACAACUUUAAUACUGCAGAAUCUGCUUGAAGGCACUCGGCAAGCUCUCUCAUCUGCAGCCCUGUAUAAAAUAUUUAAAAAUCAAAAAUGUUGUAUGGUGUAAAUAAAACUUUUGUCUACAUA